CCCACCCCACUUCUCCUUCAUCCCCUCCUCUUCCCAGCCCCCCAAUCUGUUUCGAUCGAUUCUCGCUUUUUCUUUUUCUCCGAGAAACCCUUUUCGCUUUUUGUUUGAUUCUUGCGAAAAUGCGCGAGAUUCUUCACAUUCAAGGGGGGCAAUGCGGGAACCAGAUCGGAGCCAAGUUCUGGGAGGUCGUCUGCGCGGAGCACGGGAUCGAUCCCACCGGAAGGUACCAAGGCGAUUCCGAUCUUCAGCUGGAAAGGAUAAAUGUUUAUUACAAUGAGGCGAGUUGUGGGAGGUUCGUCCCUCGGGCUGUGCUCAUGGAUCUUGAGCCUGGGACCAUGGAUAGUCUCAGAUCCGGCCCCUAUGGUCAGACUUUCCGACCCGAUAAUUUUGUUUUCGGCCAGUCCGGUGCCGGGAACAAUUGGGCGAAAGGCCAUUAUACUGAAGGUGCCGAAUUGAUCGAUUCUGUGCUCGAUGUUGUCCGCAAAGAAGCAGAGAAUUGUGAUUGCUUGCAAGGUUUUCAGGUUUGUCAUUCUCUGGGAGGAGGGACCGGAUCUGGAAUGGGGACCCUUUUGAUUUCGAAGAUCAGGGAAGAAUACCCAGACAGGAUGAUGCUCACAUUCUCCGUCUUCCCCUCCCCGAAGGUCUCCGAUACAGUUGUCGAGCCUUACAAUGCAACUCUCUCUGUUCACCAGCUUGUGGAAAAUGCAGAUGAGUGCAUGGUUCUUGACAAUGAGGCUCUCUAUGACAUUUGCUUCCGAACUCUGAAGCUCACAACUCCAAGCUGUAAGAAAAUUCUAGUCUAUUUUCGGCUGUUGCUCUAUGUAGGCUUCUUAAUUUUCUUCUUUGCCCUUUGUAUCAACAUUAUUAAUUUACCCUGUGGUUUUGUUCCGUGCGCAGUCGGCGAUCUCAACCAUCUGAUUUCCGCAACUAUGUCUGGAGUCACCUGCUGUCUGAGAUUUCCCGGACAGCUGAACUCCGACCUCCGGAAGCUCGCUGUCAAUCUCAUCCCCUUCCCUCGCCUCCACUUCUUCAUGGUGGGUUUUGCUCCUCUCACCUCCAGGGGUUCCCAGCAGUACAGGAACCUGACCGUGCCUGAGCUCACCCAGCAAAUGUGGGAUUCAAAGAACAUGAUGUGUGCUGCAGACCCCCGCCACGGCCGCUACCUCACUGCCUCAGCCAUGUUCAGGGGCAAGAUGAGCACCAAGGAAGUGGAUGAGCAGAUGCUCAAUGUUCAGAACAAGAACUCUUCCUACUUUGUGGAAUGGAUUCCAAACAACGUCAAGUCGACGGUUUGCGAUAUUCCACCGACGGGCCUUAAGAUGGCAUCGACUUUUAUCGGGAACUCGACAUCCAUACAAGAAAUGUUCCGCCGGGUGAGCGAGCAAUUUACGGCCAUGUUCAGGAGGAAGGCUUUCUUGCAUUGGUACACCGGAGAGGGAAUGGAUGAGAUGGAGUUCACGGAGGCAGAAAGCAACAUGAACGAUCUGGUUUCGGAGUAUCAACAGUACCAGGAUGCAACUGCAGAUGAGGAAGACUAUGAGGAGGAGGAGGAAGACAUUCAUGACAUGUGAUGGUGAUGAUGAUGAUGAUGAGUGAUGAUGGUAUAAUAUUUAUAUAUGGAUGGAGGAGGAUGGUGAUGAAGGAAUGGAUGUAUUGUGCUGCAACUUUCGGUUGCCAGUGUCUGGCUAGAGAAUUGGGUUUCCGUUUCUUUCCAGGGUUCAUGUUAUAUAUAUGUGGUUUCAACUUCUUAGUCUGGCAUGAAAAAAAACGAGGAAGAAAUUGUCAAGGUAGUAUGUUUUGACAAGCCAUUUAAUGAAGUUGUUUGUUCUAUUA